UGCAUAUAAUCUAAUAUCUAACCACAAAGGUCAAGGUCAAACCACCUCUCUCUUCUCUCUCUUUUGUUCUUUUGUCCUGCACCAAGUUUCCUUAGUAUAUAUUACCCCCCAGAUCAUCUUCCCAAUCUGCAUUGUUUUCCCUACAAUAUACAAAAGCUUUUAUCCCAAAGAUCUGGUACUUUUCCCCUACAAAUUAAUCACUUCCGGAAUUCCAUACCUUCUUUUGAUUUUCUAAAUGGAAAACUCUAUUAAUUCCACGGGCAAAUCAUCUUCUUCUACUAAUACAAGAAGAAGUUAUGAUGAGUCCCCGGAAGAGAGUAGUUGGACUAUGUACUUUGAUGAUUUCUUGGUACAUACUAGUAGUACCGAACAUGGUUCUUCCUCUUCUUGUGGUGAAAGCUCUUCUUUAAUCUCGGAUGCCGGCUCUUCGGUCGCCAAAAAGUUGGCAGCCGAAAAAGCUGAAAUCGUAGGGUUGACUAUGGUGGAUAGAGGCUGUAGCAGACUCAGUUUCAAGAAGAGAAAAACCAAAGCAGCUGUUGUUGACGACGCUUUGGAGGAUACAGCUACUUCUCCUGUAAAUAGUCCAAAGGUUUGUAAUCAGAGACAGUUGGAAAUCAAACCAAAAGAGAAAGGAAACACUCUUAUCUCUCAGGAAAGAGGAAAUUCUUCUGGGAAGAUGGAUGAGAGAAGUGACCAAGUGGGUUUUAUGGAGAGGGAAAAUGACUGCACAGAAACAGAAUUGAAGAAAAAGGGUCUUUGCUUAGUUCCUUUGUCUAUGGUAGUUAAUUAUCUUGGUUGAUAUUUAUAUUAACACCUUAGUGAAUAUUUUUAUCCAUCAAAGCAGUAGUAAAAUCAUCUCUCUCUCUCUCUCUCUCUCUCUCUCUCUCUCUCCCCUUCUAUAUCCACAUUCCUUGUUAAAUAUAUCUUUUUUUCUUUCUAAUUCUUGCAUGGAAAUCAUGCAAAACUGAUGCUGUAAAUGAUGCCGUUGUCUUUUUCAUCUUCAAGUAUGGAAAAAAGCACAAUAUUUUAUGCUGCAAAAAACCAGCUAUCUGUUCUGUAAUUAGUUUCAUAGAUGUCAAUCAUACUUACUUUGUCAAUAUAUCUUCCUGG